UAUAAAGGUCUGGGGGUCGAACCUGAAGUCAGUUCAGUGUCUGAUCAUCAGAGGAGCUGCUGUCACCUACGAGGCCAACAACAAGAUGCAGACGUCCCUCCGGCCUGUGCAGUGGCUCGCCGUCAUGGUGCUCGUGGUCUUCUCGACCAGCCGGGGUCAACAAAACGAGAGCCGCCGAGCUGUGGCCGAACACCAGCUGAUGCACGACCGCGGCCGGAACAUCCAGAGUCUCAAGAGACUCAUCUGGCUGUCCAGCGCCAUUGAGGGGCUCCACACUGCCGAAGCCCGGUCCGCUGAGUUCAACCCAACAAAGGCCCUGAACCUGGCUCUAAAUACUGCGCUGGUCCCUGCUGCUGGGAACCAGCCCACCCGGGUGCACAGCCUCCUGAGAGACUUCUUUAAUCCCUACCUGACUCAACAGCAAGACAGAGAGGCCUAA